GGGCUGCGCUCCCGAACCUUCCCUGCCGAGGCCCGAGGUCCCCAAGUUUUUCGGGGCGAGGGUGCUGUCUCCCCCACGCCGGGUUCCCUCCUCGCUCUUUCCCGGCGCUGCGCUGCGCGGCUCUUGCUCCUCACGUAUUGUUUGGCUGGGUCUCUAAUGGCGGACGGGGAGGCAGCGCUGCCGGUCGCCGACUGCGGGGGGGUGGGGGGUAAGUCUUGGGCCCAGGGUAACUGCUUGAGGCACAUACGGGAGGUUUCAGCCCCGCGUUGACGUGAGCCGCUCCUGAUCUCCGAAUUGGUGGCCGGAGUGACGGGGAAGAUGCUAGGACCAGGAAUCGCCUUCAGUCCUGACUGGUGUGCAUCUUUGGCAGAAAGUGAGGAGGAAAACACCCCCAUUGUUCUUUGGCAUGGACACAGGUUCAGUGGGAGGAUUAGAAUUGACUGAUCAGACUCCGGUUUUAUUAGGGAGUACGGCCAUGGCAACUAGUCUCACUAAUGUAGGAAAUUCAUUUAGUGGUCCACCUAAUCCUUUAGUUUCUAGAUCUAAUAAAUUUCAAAACUCAUCAGUGGAAGAUGAUGAUGACGUUGUUUUUAUCGAACCUGUACAACCUCCCCCACCUUCUGCACCAGUGGUAACUGAUCAAAGAACCAUAACAUUUUCAUCAUCAAAAAAUGAAGAACUGCAAGGAAAUGAUUCCAAAAUUCUUCCUUCCUCAAAAGAGUUGGCUUCCCAGAAGGGAAGUGUAAGUGAGACAAUUGUCAUUGAUGAUGAAGAGGACAUGGAAACGAAUCAAGGUCAAGAGAAAAAUUCUUCCAAUUUUAUUGAACGGAGACCUCCUGAGACUAAAAACAGAAUCAAUGAUAUGGAUUUCUCAACUUCCAGUUUUUCAAGAAGUAAGGUAAAUGCAGGAAUGGGUAAUAGUGGCAUUACCACAGAACCAGACUCUGAAAUUCAGAUUGCUAAUGUUACAACCUUAGAAACAGGUGUAAGCUCUGUGAAUGAUGGCCAAUUAGAAAAUACUGACGGGCGAGAUAUGAACCUAAUGAUUACACAUGUAACAUCACUGCAGAAUACCAACUUGGGAGAUGUCUCUAACGGACUGCAGUCAAGUAAUUUUGGUGUUAAUAUACAAACAUACACCCCAUCUUUAACUUCACAGACCAAGACUGCAGUAGGACCUUUUAAUCCUGGUAGAAUGAAUGUGGCAGGAGACGUAUUUCAGAAUGGAGAAUCUGCAACUCAUCAUAAUCCUGAUUCUUGGAUCUCCCAGUCAGCUUCAUUUCCCCGUAAUCAAAAACAACCAGGGGUGGAUUCUUUAUCACCAGUGGCCUCACAUCCUAAACAGAUUUUCCAGCCUUCAGUCCAACAGCAACCCACUAAACCAGUUAAAGUCACUUGUGCAAACUGCAAAAAACCUUUACAAAAGGGACAGACAGCUUAUCAACGAAAAGGAUCUGCUCACCUCUUCUGUUCUACCACCUGCCUUUCUUCCUUCUCUCACAAGCCUGCUCCAAAGAAACUCUGUGUUAUGUGCAAAAAAGAUAUAACUACAAUGAAAGGAACCAUUGUUGCUCAAGUGGAUUCAAGUGAGUCCUUCCAGGAAUUCUGUAGUACAUCUUGUUUGUCUCUCUAUGAGGACAAGCAGAAUCCUACUAAAGGAGCUCUAAAUAAGUCAAGAUGUACAAUUUGUGGUAAAUUAACAGAGAUUCGCCAUGAAGUUAGUUUUAAAAAUAUGACUCAUAAGCUGUGCAGUGACCACUGCUUUAAUAGAUACAGAAUGGCCAAUGGUCUAAUAAUGAAUUGCUGUGAACAGUGUGGAGAGUACUUGCCCAGCAAAGGUGCUGGAAAUAAUGUUCUGGUGAUUGAUGGUCAGCAGAAAAGAUUUUGCUGUCAAAGUUGUGUCAGUGAAUACAAACAGGUAGGUAGUCAUCCAGGCUUCCUGAAGGAGGUUCGCGAUCAUACGCAGGACUCUUUCUUAAUGCAGCCUGAGAAAUACGGAAAACUGACCACUUGCACUGGUUGCCGAACACAAUGCAGGUUUUUUGAUAUGACUCAGUGUAUAGGUCCUAAUGGAUAUAUGGAGCCAUAUUGUUCAACUGUUUGCAUGAACAGUCACAAGACAAAAUAUGCAAAAUCACAAAGUUUGGGAAUUAUUUGCCAUUUUUGUAAGCGAAACUCUUUACCUCAGUAUCAAGCCACAAUGCCUGAUGGAAAACUGUAUAACUUUUGCAAUUCCAGUUGUGUGGCUAAAUUUCAGGCUCUAAGUAUGCAGUCUUCUCCAAAUGGCCAGUUUGUAGUUCCAAGUGAUAUUCAGUUAAAAUGCAACUAUUGUAAAAAUUCCUUUUGUUCAAAGCCAGAAAUCCUGGAAUGGGAGAACAAAGUGCAUCAGUUCUGCAGCAAAACUUGUUCAGACGACUAUAAGAAAUUGCAUUGCAUAGUUACAUACUGCGAAUACUGUCAAGAGGAGAAGACUCUUCAUGAAACAGUAAAUUUCUCUGGCGUUAAGAGACCUUUCUGUAGUGAAGGCUGCAAAUUGUUGUACAAACAGGAUUUUGCAAGACGUUUAGGACUGAGAUGUGUUACUUGCAACUAUUGCUCUCAGCUUUGUAAGAAGGGAGCAACUAAAGAACUUGAUGGUGUCGUGAGAGAUUUCUGUAGUGAAGACUGCUGUAAAAAAUUUCAGGAUUGGUACUACAAGGCUGCAAGGUGUGACUGUUGUAAAUCUCAAGGAACUCUUAAAGAGAGAGUGCAGUGGCGUGGGGAAAUGAAACAUUUCUGUGAUCAGCAUUGCUUAUUACGUUUCUACUGUCAGCAAAAUGAGCCCAACAUGACAACACAGAAAGGACCUGAAAACUUACAUUAUGAUCAAGCUUGUCAGACAUCCCGAGCCAAAAUGACAGGUUCAGCACCACCCCCCUCUCCAACUCCUAACAAAGAGAUGAAGAACAAAGCAGUUCUUUGCAAACCUUUAACAAUGACAAAAGCUACUUACUGUAAACCUCACAUGCAGACUAAAUCUUGUCAGACAGAUGAUAAUUGGAAGACAGAAUACGUUCCAGUGCCUAUCCCUGUGCCUGUGUAUAUUCCUGUACCUAUGCACAUGUACAGUCAGAAUAUUCCUGUUCCUACCACAGUUCCUGUUCCUGUGCCAGUUCCUGUUUUUCUGCCUGCCUCAUUGGACAGCAGUGAGAAGAUGCCUGCAGCAGUUGAAGAACUAAAAAGCAAAGUUUCUUCAGAUCCUCUUGAUGCAGAGUUGCUUACAAUGACAGAUAUGAUGACUGAAGAUGAGCGGAAAACAGAGGCGUCCAGCAUCAACAGUGUUAUUAUUGACGCAGACAUAAUUGGUUCAGAUCUCUUGAAGAACUCUGACCCAGAGACACAGUCCAACAUGCCUGAUGUACCAUAUGAACCAGAUUUGGAUAUUGAAAUAGAUUUUCCCAGAGCUGCUGAGGAGCUUGAUAUGGAAAAUGAAUUUUUAUUACCACCAGUUUUUGGAGAAGAAUAUGAGGAACAGCCAAGACCUCGAUCUAAAAAAAAGGGAGCCAAGAGAAAAGCUGUAUCAGGAUACCAGUCUCAUGAUGAUAGUUCUGACAAUUCAGAAUGCAGCUUUCCUUUCAAAUAUACAUAUGGUAUAAAUGCAUGGAAACACUGGGUCAAAACUAAGCAACUUGAUGAAGAUCUUCUGGUAUUAGAUGAGCUAAAAUCUCCUAAAUCAGUGAAGUUAAAAGAAGAUCUACUCUCUCACAGCACAGCUGAACUUAACUAUGGGUUAGCACAUUUUGUCAAUGAGAUCCGACGACCGAAUGGAGAGAAUUAUGCACCUGACAGCAUCUAUUAUCUUUGCCUUGGAAUACAGGAGUACUUGUGUGGUAGUAAUCGAAAAGACAACAUAUUUAUUGAUCCAGGAUACCAGACAUUUGAGCAAGAAUUGAAUAAAAUACUCCGAAGUUGGCAACCAAGCAUACUUCCAGAUGGAUCAAUAUUUUCUCGAGUUGAAGAAGAUUAUCUCUGGAGAAUAAAACAACUAGGAUCACACUCUCCAGUAGCUCUUCUGAAUACACUGUUCUACUUUAACACUAAGUAUUUUGGUCUGAAAACAGUGGAACAACAUUUAAGACUUUCCUUUGGCACUGUGUUUAGGCAUUGGAAAAAAAAUCCUUUAACAAUGGAAAACAAAGCAUGUCUUCGAUACCAAGUGUCUUCCUUAUGUGGAACAGAUAAUGAAGAUAAAAUUACUACUGGAAAAAGAAAACAUGAAGACGAUGAGCCAGUAUUUGAACAAAUUGAAAAUACAGCCAAUCCUUCUAGAUGUCCUGUGAAAAUGUUUGAAUGCUACUUGUCUAAAAGUCCACAGAAUCUUAAUCAGAGAAUGGAUGUUUUUUAUUUGCAACCAGAAUGCUCUAGUUCUACAGAUAGCCCUGUCUGGUACACAUCAACUUCACUGGACCGAAACACCUUGGAAAAUAUGCUUGUACGGGUUCUUUUAGUAAAAGAUAUUUAUGAUAAAGACAAUUAUGAACUGGAUGAAGACACAGACUAAAAAGGAAAGUUUCAGAAGCAAUCGGGGCAUAACAGCAUUAGAUAGUCAUGCUGCUAGAUCUUUAAUAUGAAAACAUUUCAAGUUUACUCCUUUUGUUCUGAGUUUUGUAGCAGUGUACCCACACUGGGUAUUACCCUGUAAAUAAUCUGUGAGUGAAAGUUGCCAUUAUUCUAUGUAGUGGUUUUAGGAUACUUAACAAAUACAUUCGAAUUCUUUUUUUUAUUAUUAUUUAUUUGAUUAGGUAUGUUUGUAACUUUUUACAUUACAAAAUAUGAAUGAGAAUGUGCCAUGUAUAAUUUUUUUCUUGUAGUAAGAAACAUCCAUAUUGCACAACUCUGCUGUUGCAAAGCUUCCUUGAUGGGGGGCUCUUUUACUGGGUUCUUGACCAUAUGGUUGUGUAUGGGUAGCACUACUAAACGUUUAGAACUUGCAGUGUCUUUCAUAAUUUUUAAAAUAAACUGUAAACUAAUAGGCUGGGUUUUUUGUUUUGUUUUUGGGGGGUUUUGUUUAGUUUUAUGUUUUAGUUACUGAAGCCUUACAAAGUCAUGUAGAGAGAUGCCAUCUUCUGUACCAAAAAUAGACAAGAGAAUGCUGUUAAUAUUGGUGUACUGUAAUGUGAAUCUAUACUGGUAAAAAACAACUCUUUGUUCCCCUUAUUAAAACCUUAGUGUCCUUUU